GGUCAUGGAUUUACAACAUGUACAAUAUAACUUGCAGUGGAAAUGAAGAAAAGAUUUCUGACUGCACAUAUAGUUUGGGCAAUUGUCCAGCAAACUAUGGACGUGCAAAUCUUAUAUGUAGGGCAGCUGAAUCAUCUGAUGGCUAUACGUUUUCACUGUCAAAUAAUUACUACGGUAGUAUUGUAACAGAACGUUAUGGCAUCGCAGGAAAAGUGUGUCCGACAGGAUGGGAUGACAACGACGCUACGGUAAUGUGUAAAAGUAAGGGACACUUUUCUGGACUCCGGCUGAACAUUUACAAGGCAGUGACAGACGAGGUAUUUUGGACUAGUAAUUUCUCGUGCAGUGGAGCAGAAUCUAGCCUUGAAGAGUGCGUGUACCAGUCAGAUUUGUCACAAGAAUGGGACUGUGUAGCUAGCUUAGUUUCAGCAGGUGUUUUGUGCUUUAUAAAUGAAAUACCCGAUAAACUUGUGCGAUUAGCAGACGGUACCUCAGACGCUCACGGUAGAGCGGAAGUGUUCAAUGACGUAACAGGUUGGGGGACGAUAUGUGAUUCGUCAUGGAAUAAUGCUGAUGCAAGGGUGUUUUGUAGACAAGCAGGUUUCGCUGAUGGUCAAACUCAUCCAGCUGCAUUUGCAAAUAAACUUCCUGCCGAUGACGCCAGGAAAGUCGUUCUAUCUAGUUUGAGAUGUGAUGGGUCUGAGACGUCAGUCUUCCAGUGUCCUAGCGCAGGUUGGUUAUCGGGCCCUGGGUCGUGUGCCUCCCAUGAUCGAGAUGCUGGUGUUUAUUGUUAUAAACAUGUGCAAAUUCCAUAUUUCUCUUACGGUCCCGUACAGUUCCACAAUGGCGAUAAAUAUGGUCUAGUAUGUGCAGACGGUUUCGAUAAGAAGAGUGCAGAAGUCAUCUGUAAAGAAAACAACUUUUUCUACGGUAUCCCAGUGUGCUGCUCCGGCUUUGGCCCGUCCUCACUUGACAUUAGUUUAUCAAACGUUCAGUGUACUGGAAACGAAGCCUCGUUAAAAGAUUGUCCUCAUAACAAAGAUACCCCUGUAUGUGCGAGCGGUCACUACGCAGGUGUGGUUUGUUCUCAUUUCGACCAGCCCUUCACAAGAAUAUCUGCUAAUCCAGAAAUCAUUAUAAAAUAUUUUUCACACGAUGGCUAUGUUUGUUCAGAGGGGUUUACAGACGCUGAUGCUAAAGUUGUAUGUCGUGUGAAUAGUUUCGCAUAUGGUAGAGCUUUUAAAGCCUCUGGAAAAGGUUUAGUAUCUUCAUGUUUAGAGAACAAAAUACGCUGGUUGCGAGGUUUGGGGUGUUUGGGUGCGGAAACGAAUGUCUUUCAGUGCGGUGUGCUCGAUUGGGGUCAGAUUGGAGUAUGUUCCUGGGAUGCAGUGGCUGCAGCAAUAUGUUCUAAUAAUGAAAAUGACAUCAAUUUUGAUAUACGUCUUGUAAAUGGUACCGAUGUGUCUGGGCGCGUAGAAAUCAAAGUAAUGGGAGAAUGGGGAACCAUGUGUGGUGAAGAUUUAACCAGAAAUGAAGCAACCGUUAUCUGCAAGCAGCUAGGAUUUCACGCCGGAAUAAACAUGCCGCCAGGGCAUUUUGGCCUAGGACCGGGAGAGGUUAUUCUCUCUGAAUUGAAUUGUCAAGGCAAUGAGACCGACGUUACCGAGUGUAUUUGGUCAGGAUUCGGCAAUAACAACAAACGCUGUGAUCACACAAAGGACGCCGCUGUCACGUGCUUCUAUAACACUCGACUUACCGGCUCAACGACGAAUAAUUAUGGUCGACUGGAAAUGUACGAUACGUCAAGUUCCACGUGGUAUGCUGUUUGUGAUAGCAAUAUCAAUGUAAAUGAUGUCAUUAUUAUUUGCCGACAGAUGGGUUUUGUCGACGGCAUAUAUCAGCAAGGCUCACCGUUAGGACCAACGGCGACGGAAAUCUCCAUCAUUUCGCUCGAUUGUUCCGACACGUCGGAAUGUUCGUUUGAAAAAGGCUCAUGCUUUUCGGGAAAAUAUGUGGCCAUGUACUGCUCAUAG